AUGGUCCAAUCGCCCAAGCCCAUCCUCAAGCGCUCCUCUACCGACCACUCCUCCCACUCCUCCACGCACCACGCCUCCCUCCCCUCCCACUCGCACCACCUCUCCUCGCCCUCAUACCACCCCCACUCCUAUCCUCACCCGCACUCCGCCCCAGGCCCUGGCUCCCAUUCGGCCCACAUGAAACACCACCACCCCCACCCGCCCUCCGUACACUUCCCGCCCUCGCCCUCCCAGCUCGCGCGCACCUUCACAGCCUACUCGUCCUCCGCGUACGACAGGUCGCCUAUCGUCGUCGCCCCGAACAGCUGUGCGAUGCCCGAGCGUGGGUGUCCGGGGCGGACGUACUUUGACGAGGGGAAGCGGAGCCCGACGAAGAGUAAGGGUGGGAGGGGGAUAUGUGGUGCGAGGGACUACCACCCCCGUGCGCUGGCGUUCGCCUCCGCCUCCAACACUGCCACGUCCAUCGGGAACUCGACAGGCGCACCCGCCCCACCUGCGACGGGGAACAACGCGAGCUACCUAGGCGUCCCCGCACUGAUCCCCGACCUCUCCUCCGAGUCGGACGAGAGCGACGGCUUCGCGGGUAUCGGCGGCGCGCCGUACGGGCCCCCAGUGACGUUUGGCGUGCACGGGCUCGCUAUCUCCUCUUCUUCCCCGUACUCCUCUUCCUCCUCCUCGUCCGCUUCCUCCUACUCCUCUAGCUCGAACGGCGCGAGUGGCAACAGCAAGAACGUGGCGAUCUACCCUUCCGCCUCACCCUACUCUCCAACAUCACCUUACAGCCCUUCGUCGUCGCCCUACUCCGCCUCUGCCCCAUACGCCCCUUCCUCGUCGUCAUACGCCCCCUACGGCACUUCUUCCUCCCCGAGUGACGACGCUCUAACGUUCCUCCCCUACCCGCCUUCACCUCCUUCAUCGCAUUCUACCACCACCACCACGGAUGGGUAUGAUGGGUACGAGCACGACGACGAAGGGCCCGGUACUAAAGACAAGCCUGCGCGCCGCCGGCGCAGCGAGCGCGAGCGCAGACAUGAGAGCUCGAGGGAUCCGGAUCGGAUACGAAGCUGUCCUGGCGGUGCUUCGGGUGCCGUCGGCGGUGGGGGUGCUGGGGGUGACGCGACCGGGCUAGGGCAAGUGCUUGUGGGGUUCUCAGCGAUGUCGGUCAAUGAUGGAGAGACGACGCCGAAGAAGAGGAGCAGUAGUAGGAGAAGGAAGGUCUACGAAUCGCCGCAGCACGCUUUUGGGAGUGGGAUCGUGGAUGAUGGGUGUUUGGGAGGGUUCUGA